GGGGUCGGAGAGCGGAGGGCCGUCUCUGGAGUCGGAGGAUCCGCAGGAGAGGAUGGAGGCGCGGAGGCUGCGCAUAUCCGCCAGGCUGGAGGCCAAGAGACGGGAGGCUCUAGGCGAGGAUCCUAAUUCUCACAAGGAGCAGAAGGAGGAACCGAGGAAAAGCCGGAAGCAGAUGGAGGACAGCAGACAGCGCUUGGCCAAACUGGUGAGCGACGGCACGCAGCUGGUCACCAAUAUCCAGAUAGCGGCGGAUGCGCGGGAGACCCAGAGACGGGCGGACGAGGAGGAACUCAGGAGGCUGAGGGUAGAGAAGUUGGACAACGAGGCCAAGACCAGUUUGGAGAAAUUUGAGGACAUCACCCAGAAAUGGUUGUCCUCCGGCACGAGGAGGGUCCCCCAGGAGCUGUGGGAGCUGCUGAACCUCCAGCAACAGCAGUGCGGCCGGCUCAUCGAGGACAAGAACAAGCUGAUCGGGGAACUGCAGCAGGAGCUGAAGCGGAAGGACGAGCUGUAUGUGAAAGACCUGAAGAAACAAGCGGAGGACGUGGGUUUGCUGAUCGAGAGAAUGGAGGAGCAGAUCCGGAGCUUAACCAAGACGUUCCGCGAGGAGCUGCUGAACAUCGAGAAAGCCUUCGAGUCGGAGCGGAGAGACCUUCUAAACAGCAAUCGGAGAAAGUGGGAGGAGGGGAUGGAGGCGCGGAGGGGCAGAGAGCUGGAGGAUCUGACGCUUCGGAUGAAGAAAGUGGAGGAAUACGAGCGGCAGCUGAACCAACUUCGGGUGCAGGACGGCGAGGAGUACAACGUGAUCAAAAUCAAACUGGAGACCGACGUGCAGAUCCUUCAGCAGCAGCUGCAGCAGAUGAAAGCCACGUACCAGCUGAACCAGGAGAAGCUGGAGUACAAUUACCAGGUGCUGAAGAAACGCGACGAGGAAAAUACAAUCACCAAGUCCCAGCAGAAGCGGAGAAUAACGCGAUUGCAGGACGUCCUUAAUAACCUGCGGAUAAAACUCGAUAAGCAGGUGAAGGAGUGCAGAGAGCAGAACGCGGCUCAGAGCGACGACAUCCAGCGAUUGGCCGAGCAGUGCCAGGAUCUGCAGAAGAAGAUGAGGCAUUUUGCUGCAGCGGACGCUAAGAAGUUCCAUGAUAUCUGGGUGAUGAACGAGGAAGAGAUGAAGGGUCUUGUCCACCGGGCCCUGGAGGCCGAUCGGAUCAUACAGGAGCAGCAGCUGGGGCUGCCCUGGAAGACCCCCGACUUGUGGUUCAUGGACAACGUAGGACCCCUGGUGCCACAGAAGCAGAAGAAGAAGAGCGCCAGCGUGCUGGCACAGGAGGUCAUGGCCUCAGCAGGGAGCGAUGAAUCGCUGACAUCCAGCAACGGUCAGAGCGCCAGAUUAAAGGCGGGCGUUCCCGGCAGCGCGGAGCAGCCGUCUCCGCCAUUCUCUGCGCGGACCGUCAAACGGAUCCUGGAGCGCGUCAGCGAGGAGUCGGGUUUCCUGAUCGAGGCCAAGCUCAAGCAGCUGCUGUCCCCUCUGGAGAAGGACGAGCGCUCGCUCCUGAAGCUCGACUCCAUUUUUGGGGCGCUCGGCAUCGAGGAUGAAGACGAUGUCUACGAGCUCGUGGACUUUUUCCUGAGAUACAAACAAGAAGACGCACCUGGACAGGACGAUGGCGAUACCGACAGAUCUGACACCAGCGCUGGGGACGACCGACCGCGCCAGGGGGUCCUGAUCCACCCCAAUGACGUGGUGCGAGCCCUCCGCGCGUUUGUCGCGGACUUCCACAAACCAAGCGAGAAACUUUCUCAGUCCCGACCGGCCGGAUGGGAAGAGCGCGACUCGAGCGAGGACGCCGCAUACUGGGCAGAAGCCGCGCGCGUCGUCCCCGAAUCCCGCCUCAGAGUGUGGGACGCGUUGGAAUCCGCGCUGGAAAAAUACCAUGACGUCCUGAGCGGUCGCUCCCAACUCAUAACGGAAACAUCGAGCCUGAGGCAGCAGAACGCCGAGCUGCGGAUGCUCCUGCACCAAUACCUCAACUCCAGGAUCAACCAAGAGCUGGAGAUCCCCCCGACGCAGAUGCUCCAGAUGGAGCCCCAGAAUUAGAAGACUUCAGUCCAGCCUCAUUUCUCACCAAUAAAACCUGUCG